GGCUGGGCUGACAUGGAAUCUGUAUCUGACAUUGCACAGCAAUUGAAAACAGCAGUUGAUGUUGACAGAGCAGACAUAGUCAGAUCUAUAUUAUCGACACUGCAACAAAAUAAUAAAGAUAUCCUUCAGAGUGUGUUGAGUGAAGUCAAUAAUGAGGAUGGGACCUUACUUCACCUGGCUGCUAAGGGUGGUAAAACAGACAUAGUGCGUAGCCUAUUGGCAGCAGGUGCUGACCCUGGCAUACACAAUGCUCAGGGAAAGACAGCCUUUGACCUUUCAUCGGAGUUCACCCAUGUCGUUACUGUCUUCAAUGAAGAACUCCUACAGGCAACAGCACAAUCAAAUGUUGGUCGUGUGUGCCAGCUUUUGGCCUCAGGAGUGAAUAUAAACCUUUCGGACAGUGUAGAAAGUGGAAACACCCCAUUACACUGGGCGGCUAGCUAUGGUUCAGCGGAGAUGGUUCAGUGCUUAUGUGCCCGAGGAGCUGUGGUUGAUGCAGUAAGUGGGACAGGCUACACACCUCUUCAUGAUGCUGUUCGGAGAAAGGACCGGGCUGUUGUCAGAGAAUUGUUGGUGUAUGGGGCAGAUCCAAAUAUACAGAUACAAACUGGGAAGGAUAAAGAUAAAACUGCCAUCACCCUAACAACUGAUGCUCCUGAGAUUGUAGAACUGCUGAAGAACCCACCUCCUGUUGUUGAACCAGAGCAAAUUAAUACAGAACCACACACAGAAGACAAGCUGGCUGGAGGGAGUGGGAACAAAGACCCUGAUCAGACUCCUCCUAUCAACACUCCUAAUGGUGUCAUUCCCAAUGGACCUGCCCCAGAAUCUCCGCAGCUUAAAACACCGACAUUCGUGAGGAGUUUGUCCUUCAACCAAGAGGAAGUCCAACAGGUAGUUACUGAAGAGAAGAUGGGGUUACUUUGGCCACAACCACAACACAUCCUACAGAAGGAUGGAAACCCAUUCUCCCCGCAGAGGCCUGGCUUACCUGUCUAUGUGUCUGCUGGUCCCUCACAUAGUUGUAGAGAAAUAAUACAGCAGCUGAAUGUCCGUAAAGGGAUGUUUGAGUUCCUUGGUUAUGAACUAGAAGUGGACACUUAUACACCACUCUCAGACACCCGCGUUCCACAUAUCCUCUGUCACGUCAACAAACGCCUCUGUCCACUGUGGGCCUCAUAUAAACUUAUUGUAUCCAGUACCCAGCUGAAGGUGAUAUGUGGAGAUUUAAAUGCCCUACACAGUGCAAUAUCUACCAUCUACCAACUAUUUCUCCUGUACUUUGACGAGGGCCGCACUACAAUACCCCCGAUAUUGGUGGAAGAUUGGCCUGAUAUUUCCUAUCGAGGUGUACUAUUGGACAUCUCCAUGGGACGCCUUUCCAGCAUGGAUGUUCUUAAAACUACUGUUGAACAGUUGGCCUUGCUUAAAAUCAACCAGAUUCAUCUCUUCUGUCGAUUCUCAACACAGAAGACACCUGCAUGGCAGCUUGUAUAUAGCAAAAGUGCUUUAAUGGGGCUUGAGAACCAUUGUACUGCCCUUGGUAUCCAAGUUAUUCCAAUCCUAGAGGUGGCACCACUGGUCCAGUUUGACGACAUAGAGGAGCUAUAUGAUGUUUUCCAGGAUUUUCUCUCCUGUUUCCAUGAUUCAGAAUUUGUAAGUCUUGGACCACGUCUUAGUAGUUUCGUGCUGGACACGGAGGAAGGCCGACUUGACAUGACAGACUGUGUGAAGAUGUUACCACUGGGUAAAAACCACACAAUACAGCUGUGUGGCUACCCUCUACAUGAACUCAGUACGGAACUGUUACAACAGUUACCACCCAGUGUUGUCAUCAACGAGUACGGCAUACAGGCUGACUAUGAUUUCAGGAGAUUCUGCCGACCAUUGUCUGAUCUAGGUAUCAAUUUUUGUGUGUGUCCUGGUACCGCCUCAUGGAACAGUUUCUCUGGCUGUCCAGAAGCAGCAGUGAACAACAUCUUCAGAGCUGCCAAAUGUGCCGUCAAUCAGGGAGCAAUUGGCAUGGUUACAUGCAAUUGGUCAGGAAAGGGUCACCUGACUCACCAGCCAUUCUCCUGGCCGGGCAUCCUCCUAGGGGCUGGACUGGGUUGGAACUCUAGCUGUCACCAGGAUUACCUGUACAGCAAUCUGUCAGAGUUAAUGAAUCGUUACGUGUUCAGAGAUGUGAAGUCUGUGGUGGGCCAUGUGAUAGUGGAGCUUGGUCGAGCGGAAACCUACCUCAUACGCUGUGCCCGUGGACAAUCAGGAACUGACUGUCAACGACUGCCCGAUGACCAGGGCUCCACCCUGUUUCAAUUCAUUACUGGUCCAGACACUGUACCACUUGAACAUAUCACCAUGGAUGCUAUACAGAGGACAAUGAAGCAUGUGAAGCGAUGUCACUCUGAACUAGAAAACACAGACAUGCAUUGUACCUGUAAUAGACUGAUUCUGGCUGAACUCCAACUAACAUGUGACCUGAUGAUGUUUGCGACAAGAAUUUGUCGUGCCUUGAUAUUGUCUGGACGAAACCCUGUGGGUCACAAUGGUUUUCCUGUUGUCAACUUUGGGAUCAGUAAUCUUCCAGCUACAGCCAAGACCGACCUCGCCAACAGAUUGCUAGAGAUGUUGGAACGAUACAAGUCAGUGUGGAAUGGACGUUAUUUAGAACAUGUUGGACGACAGGAGUCCCUAAAUACUCUACAUACUCUCCUCAAAACAUUCCUGCCCGACCAAGAGACAGCGGAACUCCUUGAGGCCAAGGAUUGAUGUUCACAGUAGCCUUACUUCUGAAUACACAGUGUCAUAUCUAACAUAUAGAUCACUCUUGGACAGGAGAAAGGAGGUUCUGGAUCGAUAAACUGAUCUGUACAAGAGUCUAAUAUCGUUAGUGUAUUUUUAAAAUGUGAUGUCCAAUUUCUUUUACCUUUAUGUCCUAAGUAGUAAAGUGAUUAGUAAAGAGAUUCAGCUGUUGCUACAUUAAACAGGAAAUCUCAGAUGACUUUCUCUUUUAGUAAAAUGCAAA